AUGAUUCAUACGCUACAUAGUCGCAAUGAAGUACUUGACAUACUACAUUGUCUUGAGAUCACUGAUAACAAUGCCGUUUUCAGCAAAUUUAAGCAUCUUCAUGGGUUACUUGUUUUAAAGGCGUACCUAGUCGAAUGGAGACAGGAUGAUGAGAUCGUACUGAAAAAGUGUUGCCAAAACUACCAAUUUUGGCUCGAAAUACCAUAA